CUGAUUAAUAGUUGCGUAUAUAAUGUGCACCAUGUUAUCACUCCAGGCUAUUCUCCUGCAUCCCUCAAUGUGCAAUGGCUUGGAUUCACUUCUUUCCCAUGAGUUUCGUAUGCUGUAUAUUUUUUAUGCUUGUCCCGUUAUUAGCUACAGCUCAAGAUGGUGUAUGCAGGACUCUAGUUAGUGAAGACAAAAGUGAUGGCUCACUUAUUGGACCUUAUCACAACUUUAGUGUAUCUUGCAUUAAUGAUAGCUUUGCUUUACUGAAUGUGAGGGAAACUGACAAAAGAGACUACAAAUCUGUUACUGUUGAGAUGAAGUGCACAAAUGAGAUAUUGAAUACAUCAUACUCAAGAAUACUUUUGUAUCAAUAUAGCCCCAGGUCUGAAAGGAAUAUAUCAGUGCAUUACAAUACUAAUCUUGAGCCCGGGACUAGUUGUGUCUUCUCUGGUUGUGUAAGGACUGGUCCUGCAGAAAAUAACGUUUAUAAAUAUAACAUUCAAGAGGCAACAUGCAAUCAAUCAAUAGACAAUUGGAGAUCAUCUAGUAGCAUGACAAUUGACAGCACUAGUAUGAUAUCACCAUCACCAUCACCAUUACCAUCAUCAACAUCAACAGAUUCAACACCAUCAUCGUCACUUUCAUUGAUAUAUGGCAUCAGUGAGAGCAAUUUCAUGAUUAAUAUUCCCACAAAAACUGUUUCUAACAAUGGAGGCUCACUGACCGCAGGCAUUGGUAUCAGCAACAUUUUAUUACCUACUUGUUCAUUAGAUUCUUCUAUGCUUGCAAGGUCUAUGUUAGUAGUCUGUGUGAUUCUUGCUGUAGCUAUCAUUGUUUUUGGAGCCAUCAUUAUCAUUUUUGCCUUUGCUCUUUGUCAUAUCCGCUCAAGACAAGUAUUUCAAAGUGAAAAAAAUGUUCACAUGGAGUCUGCCAAAUCUUUCAAUGGAUGUUAAAGAAUUAAAUAUGAUCAAUGGAUUACUUGUAACUAUAAGUACUGUAUACUUCAUUUUACUUUUUGAAUUGGUAAUAAAUUCUUCCUUUGCCAAAGUCUG